AUGGACGAGACGAGACGCAUCAGGGACUUACGUGCUUUUGUAUUGAACAGCUACAAAGGAAUGUCGCUGAAGGUGAGGGAUGUUGUUGAGCGAGAGUGGAAGAGAGGAAAGCAAGGCAGCAGAGGUCGAGCCAAGAAUUUAUUUGUUGACGUCCAAGAGGGCGGUGACGACUGCCCGGACGCAGUUCUGGAAGGUCAAGUCAGUCCAUCAGUCAGUGACUCGGCUGGCCGCCCAGUCGGAGCGUCGUCAGUCGGCUCGCAGGCAGGCACGUCUGGUCCGCUCGCUCCUGCCCAGCACGCUCGGUGA